AUGAUGUUGAUUAGACUACUGGCUGUUUUCCUCGUCCUCAUCACUAACACGUGGUUGCUCAGCUCGGUUCGCUCCGACGCACUCAGCCGCAGCAAACGCGCCAUGGCACGGCGGGCAGACCGGGAGCUCUCCAGGCUAACAGGUGAACCCUGCACCGUCUCCGGAGUCUGGAGGUCCCGGCGGCAACCCCGUUCACACUCCCCGUCCCAACACCGCCCUCCAGCGGCCCGUCCGAGGACGCACACGACCCGUAGAGUGCUGAACACUGUAAAUAGAGCGCCUGCGGAAUGUGGGCGAGGGUGCAGGUUUGACACCGCGGCGCACCGGGUCGCUCAGCCGGGACAGGAGCAAGGAGGCUUGGGCAACAGGGAGAAUGUAGUGGCAGGAGCAGGGGACAGAUACGAUCAGGUACACGGACGGGUAUUUGACACAAGCUCUAAAAAUGACAGGAAAGACCCAGGUUAUGUCACGCAACAGCCGGGGGUUUCUGUGCGUAAAGACGCCGGAGAGACCGACUCCUCCACAGGCAACGCACGCAGAUCAGACUCAAGGUUCACCCGCAGCCUCGACUCGACGUUUCCUUAUGAGGAGGAGGGCAAUUCGAGUUGGCAGAAAGUUUUCCCGGACAGCUCAACAGAUUCCCGGGGGCUCCAGGUCCUCUUCAAGCUGCAACAGGAAGCUGGAGACCUGCAGUCCUCCACGGGGACACCAGUGGACGGCACGGAGGACUACUCCGGGGAGGUGGAGGAGGAUGAUGAUCCGCCGGCGAGCUUGCCCGUCGGCAGCUCCUCGCCGUGGGGGAGCCCCGUGCCUCGCGUGCCGCCUUCUUGGAUGACAGCCCUGUACUUCAGCGGGCGCCGGGAGCAGCUGAAGGUGAAGCCGGCUGCGGGAGUGGAGCUGCCGAGGGCCAAGUUCAGCCUGGAGCUGUGGGUGAAGCCUGAAGGAGGGCAGAGCAACCCCGCGGUCAUAGCAGGUGUGUUUGACAACUGUUCCCAUUCACUGAGUGAGAAGGGCUGGUCGGUAGGCAUACGCACUUUGGAACCCGCUGGCGCCAAAGAUGCAAGGUUCUACUUUACACUUCGUACCGACCGAGCCACAAAAUCCACCACUGUCUACAGUCACCAGCGGUACCGAGCCAACUCCUGGACUCACCUGAUGGCCGUGUACAGCGGACGCAGCAUGACCCUGUAUGUUGAUGGAGCUAAGGUAGGGGAAAGCAGCAUCCAGUCGGGAAAUCUCUACAGUCCCUUCAUGAAGACGUGCAGAACCCUCUUUCUUGGCAGUAACCAAUCAGAUCAAGGACAGAGCUUCAGGGGCCACAUAGGAGGUUUGGUCUUGUGGGGCUACGCUCGCUCUCAUGAGGAGCUGCUGAAUCGGCCACUUCAAAUCGACAAGAGUGAACCGCUCCUGGCAAUGUGGGCUGACUUCAGCAAUGUGGAAGAACUAUGGACGCCAUACAAAGUUGGCCUCCAUCCAACCAUCAUCACCACUCCAGUGCCUGAACAAGAACUUGUCUCCCCGUUCCUGCCCUCACCCUGCGGCCUGACACCCUGCGACAACACUGACAUCAUCUUCGGCUACAACAACAACUGGCAGCUCCGUGCACACAAGCGAAUACGCUACCGGAUCGUCGACCUUUCCAAUAACAAUGGUGGAAACCCAACCGUGUCCCAAGGCCAGAUCCAACUUCAGCACCGGAUUCUAACUGAGGCCUUUCGCCCUUACAACAUCAGCCUGGAUCUGAGUGUCCACACCGUGAAGAACUCAAGCCUCCGACAGCGGUUUAUCCUCAGCAACUGUCGAAUUGGAAAGAUUGGGAACCGUCACUGUGACCCUGAGUGCGACCACCCGAGGACGGGCCAUGAUGGAGGGGACUGUCUUAGACUGGGACCUUGCUACAACUGGAAGAGACAGGAUGGAGUUUGUAACAUGGAGUGCAACAGUAUACACUACGACUAUGACGAUGGAGACUGCUGUGACCCAGAGGUCACCGACGUCCUCAAGACCUGCUUCGAUCCUGAAUCCCCUGACAGAGCCUACAUGAGUGUGAAGGAGCUGAAGGAGGAGCUUGAGCUGAGUGGCACGGACACACUCAAUGUUUUCUUUGCAAGCAACUCAGCGCGUGAGGAGCUGGCAGGAGCUGCAACCUGGCCGUGGGCAAAGGAAGCUCUUACCCACCAAGGCGGGAUGGUGCUGAACCCAUCCUACUUUGGUACCAUGGGCCACCACAACACCAUGAUCCAUGAGAUGGGCCACAUCUUGGGACUGUACCAUGUGUUCAAGGGGGUGAGCGAGCGAGACUCCUGUGAUGACCCAUGUCAGGAGACCACACCAUCUAUGGAGACAGGAGACCUGUGUGCCGACACUGCACCCACACCCAAAUCCAAAGCCUGCCACGAUCCCGGGGCCGUCAACGAUACCUGUGGAGUCACAACGUACCAGGACACACCUUACAGCAAUUACAUGAGUUACACAGAUGACAACUGCACCAACCAUUUUACUCCCAACCAAGUGGCCCGGAUGCACUGUUAUCUUGACUUGGUCUACCAGAAGUGGCUGAUGGACCGGACCCCUGCACCCAUCCCUCUGCCCCCCAUGGUCACAGACCAGAGUCUGGAUUCUGUCUCUGUUUAUUGGCUGACACCUUUACGAGGAACACUCCAUCAGAGCUCCUCCCUUCAUGGAUCUGCUAUCAGCUGUGGCGACUGUGAGAAGGACAGUGUUUUCCACCAGUACGCCCACGAAGCGACCUCACCUCGCAUCUGUGACACGUCAGGCUACUGGACCCCCGAGGAGGCCGUAGGUCCCCCAGAUGUGGAGCAGCCCUGUGAACCCAGUCUGCAGGCCUGGAGUCCCGAACUCAGCCUUUAUGACACCAACGUGACGUCACCAUGUCCUGACACUGAAGGCUGCACCCUCACUCUGAGUUUCCUCCACCCGGUCGUCCCACAAGCUCUCACCCUGUGGGUCACAUACAUCUCUUCAAAAAACCCAGCUAUAGCCAACAUCGAGCUGAUAACAGACGCGGGGAAAAGCAUCAACUUGGGUCCGCAGCACGUCUACUGCGACAUGCCGCUCACAUUGCUCCUCGACACCCACAGCUCUGCCAUCGGCGGCAUAAAGCUGUGCACCUUCGAUGAGAAGAUGGAGAUCGACGCUGCCAUGUUGUCGUCGGGCCCCAGCAGCGCUCUGUGCUCCGGCUGCCAACCUCCGCUGUACAGGGUUCAGCGGCUGCCACCUUUCACCGGCAAAUCCCCCCCACCUCAGACCCAGCAGACUUACACUGACAGCUCCGUAAAGCAGGGAGUCAAAUACCUGUACACGAUCCAGGUGGAAGCAGAUGGUCUCCUCAGUGAGCAGUCCCCAUCUCUCGUCUACACCCACGGGCAACCGUACUGUGGAGACGGCCUCAUACAGGGGUCAGAGCAGUGUGACGACAGAAAUCUUUUGGAUGGUGACGGCUGCUCCAAGAAAUGCAACAAGGAGACAGGCUUUAACUGUAAUGGUGAACCCAGUCAGUGUUAUGUGUUUGACGGUGACGGUGUGUGUGAGGAGUUUGAGCGGGGCUCCAGUGUGCGUGACUGUGGUUACUUCACACCUCUUGGCUACACAGACCAGUGGGCUUCCACUGCCACUGCUUCUCACCAGGACCCCAACCACUGUCCCGCCCACGCUGCCACCGGGGAGCCAUCACUCACCAAGCUCUGCAGGUAUCAGCACCUCGAGGUGAGUGACAACAAGCUCACCGAUGCCUGGUUCCCCUGCACAGCUCAGCCGGACACAAGCAACGACCUGGAACAUUCAAUCUGGCUGAAGGUGGGAUUCGUCCAUCCUGGAGUUGCCGCCUCUGUGAUCGUAUAUCUGGCUUCAGAUGGGUCAUGGUCUGGAGAGCAGUGUCGAAGAACAGCCACCAUGUUCCUGUCCGAUACCACCGGCAAGAACCACUCACUAGGCACACAUGACCUCUCCUGUCAACGGAACCCGUUGGUUGUGAAUGUGACCCACGACCUCUCUAAACCCUUCUACGUCACCACGUCCGUGUUCAUUCUGUUCUCCUCUCCCUCUGUGGCGGUGGGAGGCGUGGCCCUGAGGACCUCCUGCCACUUCAGCACCUUCGCCCUGACCGGCUGUUUGCGGCAGCCGUGUCAGAUGGACAACUGCAGCCCCCCCCAGUUAGACCACGCCUCUGUCAGGUGUACAGGAGGAGGAGAGGCCUCGGACUGCUCCGUUCAGUGUCACCGUGGCUUCAGUAUCACUGUCCUCAACGGCAGGGCAACCCCACCCCACCAGAGAGAAGCACGUCUGGAGUGUUACCACGGCUCAUGGGAUCGUGUGGUUAGCUGUCAGCCUGUAGACUGCGGCCUGCCUGAUCAGUCUCAUGUCUAUCACGCCAUAUUCAGUUGCCCCUGGGGAACCACCUUUGGCAAACAGUGCUCCUUCACCUGCGGAGCACCAGCCAUACUGCAGGGUGACAGCGACAGGUUGGUGUGUUUGGAGGACGGUCUGUGGUCUUUCCCGGAGGCUUACUGCAAGAUAGAGUGUCCCGAGGCUCCAAACGUACCCAACGCCAAGCUGCUAUCAGCAGACUGUCGGGCCUCAGGGCACGACGUGGGCUCUGUCUGCCGCUACAAAUGCAACCCGGGCUUCUACGUAACAGGGAGCAUCAAAAAGAAGACACUGAGAAAGUACUUUAAGUUGGAUUGCCUGGAGGGGGGGCAAUGGGAGGAGACGACCUGUGAGCCCAUAUCCUGCCCAGCCCUACCUGACAUGUUCCAGGGCAUGUACACCUGCACCAACGGCCUGUACUAUGACACCGCCUGCACCCUGCGGUGCCCCGAUACCACCGAUAAUAGUGAGAUUCGCUGCAGUAAGGAUGGUAAAUGGACUGCAGAGUUCCACAUGUGCUCCAGACUCAAGGGAUCCUGCUCUCCUCCUCCCGAUCUCAACUCUGUGGAGUACAGCUGUGACCAGGGGAUGGAUGUCGGUGCUGUUUGCUACCCAACAUGCAUUGUGGCUCUGGACAUGGAUCUGCGCGAUCCUGUAGUCCUGCCCAACGGCACGACAACUGACUCUUUAAAACACUGGAUGUUACCCACCAAAGUCGAGAGUAUAGUCUGCACGGGGAUGAUGAAGUGGUACCCUGACCCUCGACACAUCCACUGUAUUCAGUCAUGUGAGCCUUUUGGAGGGGACGGCUGGUGUGACACCAUCAACAACCGGGCUUACUGCCAGUAUGACGGAGGAGACUGCUGCCCGUCCACGCUCUCCACCAGAAAGGUCAUUCAGUUUGGGGCCGACUGCGACCAGGAUGAGUGCACUUGCCGUGAUCCGGACGCCGAGGAGAAUAAGAGCAAAGCCAAGACCUUGAAGGAGGGAGGAGGAGGAGGAGGAGGAGGAGGAGGAGGAAUGCAGUAAGAUGGAGGGAUGAAAGAGGCUGAACUUGUAUUAAACAAAGUCAAACCACAGACUGUACACCACAACAAACAAAUACAAAAAUAUUCAAUUUUUAACAUUUGUAAUGCAAAGAAUGCGAUUGAAGACAGACGUCUUUCAAUAAAAUGUCCUUCAUUUUUUUUGUUUUUGAUCAUUUUGGUUUCAAAGCAUCGCACAUGAGUCAUGUUUGUUUAAAAAUUCCUUCCCUGCAUCAAUCCAGCCAAACAUCCACUUGUGAAACUUGUGUAUUGUUUUUCUUCCCUGUUAAGAGGUGAAAUGUUAUCUUCACUUGCUGGAUUUGUGUUCUGAGCAGAAUAUGUCAUAUUCGGGGAUUUGGAGCCUGACUAAGAACACACUGAGGUUUAUCCACUCCUGUGCAAAACAAGUCAUCAUAAUUGGAUCAAAUCACUGAUGUACACAGAUGCACGGAUGUUUCUGGACUUGAUUAGUGCUGGGAUGAAGAAAACAAAAAAAAAAAAGAACUGGCUGUGCCUGAAUAAAGUAAGGGCUACUGCAGCGGACUGUGUGUUUACCUUUACAGGACAAACAUUAGCUUUCCAUCAAAUCAAUUCAGAGUGAAGCAUGAACAUUUAAAUGAAGCUUAAAAAAAAACAGGAUUGGAGAUUAUCCAUUAUUUGUUGUUAUUGGAUGUCUUCUCUGAACCAAACAGGGACUAAUCAAAUCAGAUCUCAGACGCCAAAGAAAAAGAGGUGCCUGAUUCUUCUUCACUUGAGAAAUACAUUACAUCCUUUCUGUCCCCAUGGCUCAGCAGUCCGUCCCCCACCCCCCCCAUCCCCACCACCAAGCUCUUAAGGGACUUCAUCAUUGCAUUAUGCACCAGAGCUACUAGGCCCAUUGGGAGAGCGAAGGAUGCACAUCUGUAAAGACUAACAUGUAUAGACUAAUAUAUUUGGACCACCUACAUAUAUCUGCUAGAUCACAUAUUAGUUGCACAUGUCAACACACUAUUUAUACCAAUACAAAUCUUGUAAUACAAACAUUUAUCUGUACAAUAUAAACUCUCACACAAAGGCUUCCCAAAUGUUUCUCUGUUAGUUCCACCAAAUCUCACACAUUUGACUCACUCAAUCAAAGGUGCACUAGAGAUGUUCACCUUGGGUUACCACAUAACAGUGGAAACAUGAAAAUAAAAAGUGAAAUGCUUUGGGAAGUCUGCGUUGUUACUGAGCUCCACAUGACCUUCAAACUCCUGCCUGCAUGUUGUGACCUCAGAAUGGUUCUCUAUACAAAUGUUGUAUCUACGACAGUGUAAUCAUGUCCUCUUGUGAUGCUUUACUGUACUUUAUACUGUUUAUGAAAUAAAUAAGUAUCUUUAUAUCGAC